AUGGCCCCUUGUCUUGUAUGUAAUAGUGCUAAGGAGGCCUGUGAGAAUUAUACCGGUGAUGCUUGUUCAUUACUUGUGUCAGCGUACAUUCUUGCUGGGUUGGCUAUGAUGCUUAAUAUUAGACUAUCAUACAGUUCUGCUCCGUAUGCACUUAUUAGGUUCAAGUUACCUGAAAAUCUUUUCAGUGUCUUUGUUAGACGAAUGGCUAGUGCAUUGGAAUUAUGGUGCCUACCAAGUAUGCUCCUCGGAAAUAUAGUGGACCUACUUCAGAAACUAGUUGAAGGUGGCCACCAAGUAAGAGCACUCAUAUAUGCCAAACAUUAUGAUAUCCAAGGCAAUACUGCUCCACAAACACUCAAGGAUAAAGCCAAUCUACUAAAGAAUAAGGCCUCAUUACUUCACGAUGCAGCCAAAGCACUAGGUGGUGAUAGUGCACUUGCUGCACUUAGUGUUCAAGCAGGAUCCCUUAGGGAUGCAGCCAAACAAGGUACUGGUGAAGAUCAUCUAUAUAAAAAGGCAGAGUUACUAGCUACUCAUGUAGAUGGUGGUACUGAACUUGAAACUAAGGCCACUGCAGUCAUAACCCAAUUUGGAUUAGUCCAACAAGCAUACGAUACACUAAUGGCUGAAGCUAAAAAGGUCACUAUACCUUCAGAUAAACAACAUCUUGUUACCGCUGUUGUGGACGCCUACAAUGCACUCGAGAAUAUCUACGAGAGAAUCCUAAACCUUACCAAACUCAAGAUUAAGGCCAAUGAACUUAAUACUCAGGCUACUGAUCCUAAACUUUCUGAUCUUAAAGCUGCAGCCAGUCAACUAGAAACUGAUGUCAAAACUCUACGUGAUACUCCUGGUACUGAUGCCCAAACUGUUAAAUCACAGUUCGAAAAGGUCCAAUCCGCAUACUACAAACUAACUGAUGAUAAUAAGAAGAAGGUUUCGGGUCAGUUUAAUGCUCUCAAUACUGUCUAUAGCCAUAUUGGAUUCUGUUAUAAAACAGUUAAGUUCUGGUCCAUAAUUGUUCCCUCCAUAGUUACUCAGUGGUUAAACUUUGCCACCUAUGUAUUAUUAUUGGUUGUAUAUUUAAUGGGUGGUGAGAGUGGUCAUCUAACUCUAUUUUACUUUGUGAUUGCAAUUUCCGGAGUUGUUUUUGGUAUUAACAUGACUCUACUUUACUCUGUAGACUUUUAUUAUAUACCUGUCUAUAUUGUUGGUGAGAAUACAUUUCCAAUCAUAACGUCAUUCGUACACUAUCUGAGUACUAUAAUGUUUGGUAAUAGAAGAAAAUACAAUAGUGACUUCCUACUGGUAGAGAUUGAUAUUUGGGUAGCAAUCCUAAUCUCACUGGUAGCAGCUGUGGUGUGGACUGUGGGAUAUUUAAUUGAAGGUACAAAUGAUAUAGGUGAUAUGAAACACAUACAUGCAUAUGGCUUCUCAGGCAGUUUCAAUGGUUAUCAACUCUCUCCAUUUCUGAUGAUAGUUGUUGGAAUGGGACUAGUUUUCACUAUUUAUCCUGGUAUAGCUCCUGGUAUGAUUGUACCAUUCUAUCUAGUUGAUAAGAUUGAAAUGGUACUUCUCGUAGCUACCAUAUUUCCACCAGUCAUCAUAGCCAUGCUAAGAAGAUACAAACCAUCUUGGUCACCUCAACACAACACUGGUACAUUCAAUCUAUGGAAAGAAUACGAAUACGCCCCUGAUUGGACACAACCUACUAAAAAGGAAACUGUUUAUGCCUACCUAUGGCACUUAUUUGAUGUACUAAUGGUCAUCAAGAUCUCUCUAGCUGCCCUAUUUAUCUAUUCACUUCACUAUAGAGAAUCCAAUUUAUCUAGAUCAAUUGUUAAUCAACCCAAGAUGUCUACAUUUUUAUCAAUUACAUAUUAUAUGUGUCAUGAGAUUCUAUUGGCCUUAGGAUUUUCAGGAUUCAUAGGUAACGAUGGAGGUGAUUUAAUAUUGAUACCACAAUACAUAGGAGCGCUAUUUAUGAUAUUUUUGGCCUUUUAUUCAGAAGGUUACAUUAUAGAAUAUAAAAGUCAUGAUCCUACAAAUUGGGCAACAGAAGGUAUGACUAAAUGGAACGCAUUUUGCUAA